AUGGAUAACAUCCGCAGAUUUAACUGGAAAGUUCAAAAUGGCCAGAAAAGCUCUCGGAUCAAAGCGAAUGAUAUAAAGGGCUACUUGCACAUUUGGUGCAAUCAACGAAGAGUCACACCAGAAUUUAACUACAAAGAACUGGGAAAUCGACACAAGAAACUCUUUAGCUGCUCGAUUCAAAUAAGCGGACUCGAUUUUAUUUCAAUCAAAGAAGCGAGAAGCAAGAAAGAAGCGCAAAACGAAGCAACUUGGGAAUAUUGCAAUAAACUCGCGGAACUUGGCUUCAUGGACAAAGAAGACUUCCCGAAGAAAGAAAAGGUCGCGACGAACGCUGCAGGAAGCAUUCCACAAGACUGGCAUCAAAUCGUCACGAAUGAACACAUCGAGGAAGCGGGCGGCUGGACACCAGACAGUUGUCAGAAGCGAUUACAGACAUUUUGCAGUACGGAAAAAGUCUCGUGCGAAAUUCAAAACUCUUCGAUGGGACCUGACCACGCAAAAAUCCAAAUCGCCGAGCUUCGACUGACCCUGAAGAAAUAUGGAAAAGAAUUUUAUGCGAAAGAACAAGCGCGAACGAAGAAAACAGCGAAUGCUCUUGUUUCCUGGUCGAUCGUCAAGCAACUCUAUUUGGCAAAGAUGAUCGAAGAAUGCGGAUCGCGGCUUCGACGACCGAACGAUAUAAAAAAUCAGGGAGGGAAGAAAACGACGCUAGAAACAAUCGACGAAGCCACUGGUGACUGGACGCUUGAUACAGCACGACAAAAGCUCCAUGAAUUCUUGGCGAAACGCAAAAUCGCGCUAGAAUACAUUAUGGAGGAAAAGGGAAUGCCAAGUCAUAGAAUUUACAUUGCCAAGCUUGAUUUCACGAUCGAUGGAAAACAAUACGCGUAUGCAGACUCAGCUGCUAAUAAAAAAGCUGCGCAGAAGAAAACUGCGCUUGAAUUAUGCAUGCGUCUAUUCAGAGAUGGCAAAAUUGGUGCUAAUGUUGCCGGACCAGGAAUUUGGAUCAAUCCUAGACGAGCCGCAGCAAUAAACAAUGAUCCUCCGGAAAAACUCAAGCCACCAAAACCUAUCAAAAAUAUGGACAAGCGAGAGCGCGAUGAAUACGCCUGCAAAGUCAAGCUAGAAUCGAUCAUGCCAAUCAACAACUUCAACACCGCGACUUCCCUUUUCAUGGAUCACAUUCAAAAGACGCUAAAAGAAGUUUCCGAUAGAUUCUUACAAGAAGAACGGGACAAUCCAGACACCCAGACAAAGCUGAAAAGUGGGGAAAUAAAAAGCGUGGAAGCUUUGAGGGAAAUUCUUGGAGUCAUGCAAGUCGGGGCGCUAGCCGGGCAGAUCAAUUUGAAAGGCGAGACGGAAUUCCUAGCAGUUUUGAUGACGAAAAAUAAGCCAACUUUUGCGCUGCUUGAGAAACUAGCGCAUAAGAUAUCGGAACAUAUGAGCCAAACCUAUCAUGAGAACUACAAAGUGAUUGUUUCCAGAGAGCUUGGGGGUCUCGAGCUAUUCAGAUUGGCCGAGCCGCGGGUAACGAUUCUGAUGUCGGUGGCCUCGCCCAAAUGCAGACCGCCACUGAAUUUGACCGAAGAAGUAAAAUCGGAGCCUGAAGACCCCACAGUAGAAUACAUCCCCAACGAUCAAUGUCUCCGUGCCCUGGCCGAGCUUCGUCGCGCGAAAUGGUAUCACGUGUGUGCCCAAAAAGUACAGAACUGCACGGCCGUCGCUCGCAUUAUUCGUGACAUGACGCUGCGUGUGCCCACGUGGAACAUUCUAUCGGAUUGGAAUAUUCAGCUUUUAGUACAGAAAGGGCUUGAGUCAGCUGGAAAGGCACUUCCGAUCUCAGACGGCGUUCAACGAAUCUUUUCUGUCCUCGCCGGUGGUCUUAUUAUCAAAGGCGGCGAAGGAAUAAUCGACCCCUGCGAAAGAGAGCCAGUCGACGCCAUGAAAGACUUAUCAGAUCAGGACAGAGAAGAUAUUACUUCGAGCGCUCAACAUGCUCUGAGACUGAUGGCUUUCAACUCUCUCAACAAAAUCCUUGGAAUUCCAUCUCUGGAAGCGAUCGCUCGCCAAUACGACACCACUGCCCCGGAAAGUACGGAAGAAAACAAAGAAGAAAACGAAGACGACCCGACCGCGAUUCCAGCCGGCCUUUAG